AUGCAGACCUUCCAAGAAAAAUCAAUUGAUGAUGAUAAUAUUUCAUCGCAUAGUCUGAUAUCUCAUUUAGAAUUGGGACACUAGCCAUUGCAUGAUAGAUUGAUUGAUGAAGAUUUGCUAAAAAGCACUUACUAGAGUUAAAGAGAUGUAGAUAAACAUUGUUUUUUAGGAGUGGAGCUAAAGGAGGGGGUUCAAUUUUCAAAUGGACUGAGUAUUUUUAUUGUGACUAUCAUGGGCAAUCUCAUUGUUACAUUUAUCUACCAUUCAUCAAAUAUUGUUCUUUAAAAUCAAUUCCAACUUAAUAACUAUGAAGAUCUGGUAAAAAUAAGCAGUAUGAUAUUCAUGAUCUCAGUAGUGAUUUUGGCACUAGUAAGUCCAUUCAUUGGAGGAGUAAUUGACCUUUUUGGGAGGAGAAAGAUGAUGACUGCAUUAUUUAUAUCUACUGGAGCACUCUCUUCUUUACUUCCCUACUCCUCUAUAAUUUGGGUUGAUUUUACAUUUAUUAGAAUUAUACUUGCAGUAUAAAUUAAUUCAAUACUGAACAAUACUCUGAUUGUUGAUUAUGUGAAAAAUGAAAGCAUUGGGAAAGCUGUCGCAUACAAUAAUAUUUCUAGAUAUAUUGGAAACUUCAUGUCUCCAUUUGUGUUCUUAAAUUUAUUGGCUCACACUUCAAUAGCUAUUACCUACAAUAUCAUGUCAGUAACGAUGUACUUAACCGGAGUUUUCUUACUUUUUUCUAUGAGCGAGCCUUAAAAACAUUAAAAGUUGUUAAAUAAUACACAUGGUGAAAAUGAUUCUCAAAAUAUUUCGAAAAAUCAGACAUAGAAUGCAAAUUUUUGGAGUAAUAUCAAAGGAGGAAUUUAAGAAUGUAGAAGUAACCCAAUACUAAUCUUUUGCUUGAUGCAAAAUUUCGUUGUUCGAAUGGGUAUAGUACUUGGAUAAAAUGCUUAUAAUUUGUGGGUUUUAGCUAAUGUAUCUGAUAAACAAAAGGCUUUUGAGUUAUUGGCUUUUGCACUCUCUCUUUCGAGUCUUCUCAUUUUCUUAAUAUAAAUACCUUUAAUAAAAUUGCUUGAUAAAAUAAGGCCAAGAAUAUUAUUAAUAUUUGCCUAACUAUUCAGAGCAUGUUCUCUAUUUAUUCCUAUGUUUAUUGAUAACAAAAUUCCAGAGCUAAUUGCUGCAAGUAUAGUGAUUAUGGCAAUUGGAAAUGCAAUAGCUAAUGUUGCAAGAGAUUUUAUUUUUCAGAAAAAUUAGGGAACAUAAUCAAGAGGUGUAAUAAAUGGUUUUAUGGAUAUGUUCCAGAACAUUGGCAUACUAAUAUAUUUAUCAGUAUUUGCUUUUUUUGUUAAAGCUAUUGGACUUAAUGGAUGCUUUGCUGUCCUCGGGAUCUGUGAUUUGAUAUUGUUGCUAAUCUCAUCUAAAUUCGAUUUCAGUAAGAGAUGA